AUGGACAGUUCUGGGUUUGGCUUAGGGGAAAGUGGUAGGCAGACCAUCUUUCAAAACCCCAGUGGUGAAGAUGAAAGGCAACGGCAGCAGGAGCGCCUUAACAGAGAGGAAGCCUAUUACCAAUUCAUUAAUGAACUCAGUGAUGAAGACUACAGGUUAAUGAGAGAUUGCAACCUCCUUGGGACUCCAGGAGAAAUAACAGCAGAUGAGCUGCAGCAGCGUUUGCAAGGCGAGAAGGAGCAUCUGGUAUCCCAAUCAAACACAGAAAAUAGAGAAGGUGAUACAGUUAGAUAUUUUGAGACUCUUGAGCUAAACUCAACCAGCGAUUCCCUGCCAGAAUGGCUGAAUAUGUUGCGUCGUACAGGAAAUUCCUCCCGCAGCGAACAGAGGAGGAACCAGACUUGGAGAGCUGUGAGCCAGGUGAACCCAACUAGUGGAGGAUUCCGGUUUAGCCUUGAAAUAAAUAUAAAUCAUGACUAUAAUGGUGGGGAUGGUCCCAAUGAAGAAUUUGAAGGCGUUUCACAUGGCCAUGCUAUCAGAAAUCAUGCAGAAAAUACUCCUCUAAUAGCAGAUAGCCCAAUAGCAAGCCGAACUAGGAGCAGGGUACUGAGAGAGACGUUUGGCCAAGCUACUGCCUCCUCUAGAAGCAGUAGUGGAAGUGGUUCAGUGGCACAAAAUGAUGAAGAAACACCUCGGCUUUUCUCAGGCAGACACAGCACCAGAAACAGCAGCUCAGCAACACACACCUUUUUAGAUGACAAUGAACACAACAUUAUCAGACAAAGGAGAGUACAAAGAGUUGCAUCCAUGAGACUUCAUGGUGGGAGAGCUGGAGCUAGAACUUGGAGAAGGACAAGACAAAGACCAGAAGCAUUAAGCAGUCAAAGCCAGACCCUGUUGGAAGGAUGGCAACAAAGGGAUACUCAACAAAUCCGAAGAAGGUCUAGAAGGACACAUACAGUCCAUUCUCCAUCACAGCAAGGUGAAACACAAGUGCCGUCACUGGAUAUAAUUGUGGAAGAGGAGGCAUCUGGGACAUCCUCAGCUAUACUUGGAAGGCAUCCUGCUAUUACAGUAGACCUUGAGGUAAGAAGAAUUCAUCCCGAAGCAUACAGAGAUCUGCAAAGGAUUGGUAUUAGAACUCGCUCAAGAGCGGGCAUGGCAGAAAACUUGGUUGCGUCUGAAAGUAAUAGUGAGGGUUUUCGUCGGACCAUUUCACAACCUGAACACACAGGCAUGCAAACUUAUGAUGGCACUGCAGGUAUGCCUCCUCGUAGGAUAUCAGAAAUCGGGCUUGGAGAGUCUUCAUCGGUGGGUCUUAGAUCAAUCAUAAGGCAAGUUAUUACUGAGUUAGGAGACCUAAGGUCAUUAGUAGACGUUGAGUCAUAUCAUACAAUUCAGAGGGGUGUUCAGCACUUAUCAGAGAUGCAGUCAGGGCUGCCUAACUUGCAGAGUCUAAGCAGCAUUGGUGAAUUCAGAGAAACAUCACUUGGAAGCAGUCCUGCUGAACAGGGUGGCAGGGAAUGGGACGGGGAGGCCCGUGCUGCGCAACAUGGCAGUCAUGAUGAAACCCAAGAUCACAGUCAGGCUCAGGAUGCAAACAGUUUAAUUGGAAAUGGGACGCUUCCCAUUCUUCGCCUUGUGCCUUACCUUUUGUUAGAUGACUAUACCAGUGACCGCUUGAGGGGAUUAACCAAAGACCAAAUGGACAGUCUUUCCACUCGCAGUUACGGGACCACCACUGCAGAAGGGGGUGAAAUAAGUAAGACCUGUAGUGUAUGCAUGAAUGAAUAUGUGGUGGGAAACAAGCUGAGGCAGUUACCAUGCAUGCAUGAGUUCCAUUUUCAUUGCAUUGAUCGUUGGCUUUCUGAAAAUUCCACUUGUCCAAUUUGUCGGCAAUCUGUAGUAACUUAA